AUGAACUCGCCGCCUUUGAAACCAGAGCAGUUGUCCCCCACAUUGUCACCUAUGGCAUUUAGUCUCGAUGAUCCGAGCAAUGGCAAUGGGUUUUCGCAUUUGCUUGCGUCACCAACUAAGCUUAAAUUGGAUAGCGGUUGUGGUGGUCCUAAUAUGAACAAUAAUGGAGGAUCAAAUGGUCACUCGUUAAUAUAUCGAACUUCACUCUCCAAACUGAGUGAAUUAUCCCGAACAGGGAGAUCGAGGCAAAGGAGUAAUUCAGAUACAUUACGUUCAAAUUCCCCCAUACGGUUCCAACUCUUCAACAAUGCUCCGAAGAUGUUAAAACCGGAAUAUAUGUCCCAGCAACCUUCUACAUUACCCUUGCUGUCGACUCUAAUGAAACAGUCUGCCACUGGUAUGGCAUCUAAUUCGAAUAAAGAAGCAAAAAAUCAUCAAGCAGAGAUUGCCACGAGAGCUGGCAUAAGAGAGACUUUGAAAAAAUAUCAGGAUCAACAACUGCAACUAAGCAAGCAAACCGAUGAAUCAAAGCAACAGCGGCAGGUUGACGCAAAGGUUGAACAGCAGCCUAAAGUUCCAGAAGCCAUGAUUCAACCUGUCCCUGAAAGGAAUAUCUCGGAAUCUGCAAGCGCUAUUAGUGGCAUGACGUUAUGUGAUAAACAGCGAGAUCCAGAUGAGACGAUGAAAGUUAAAGCAACCACCCCCAAACCGAAUGAAGAAGAAGUUAGAGUGAUAUCAAGCUCUUCUUUAGUAUCAUCGGCGGUAUCCAUUGAUUUCAACAAUCUACCUAAGGAAUUGGACCUAGAUGCUCUUGCCUCAGACAAGAAUGGAUUUGUCCAAUCGGAUGAUUUCAAGAGGUGUAGUUUCAUAUCAUCUACUUCGACCGACUAUGAUGCUGAUUGGUAUAAUAAUCAGCCAGUUAUAACUCACGAAGAGACCGCAAAACUGGACCACAGGAUCAAACAGCUAGAGUUGGAGAUUGAAGAAAUGAAAUUACAGAAUGAAAAAUUGAUUCAAUCCAUAACUACUAGCAGAACUGUCGAAGACAUUUUUGUUUACGAUGCAAUUCACGAAAUCAAAUCCUCUAGGCAAGAAGCCCAAAGAGGUGUACAAAGAAAGGUUAUGCAGUUGGAGAAGAAAGUAGAAAACUACAGGAAAGUGAUGAAGACCUUGGGUGAUUCUCCCAUUAAAAAAGCAGCUUCGAAGGAUAAACGCUCUACGUAUCCAAUGGGAGAGAAUCCUCAGAUAAGCACAUUAAGGAAAAGAAUAUCUCGUAUAUCAAGCACGGAAUUAAGACAAAUAGAGGAGCAAGGAUCUUCUUCUUCUUCAGAUGAUGAGAAGGAAAUACAACAGCACGAACCUAAUCACGACGAUACGCCACUCUUACGACCUCAACAGGAUGCUUCUUUAAGUUUUAGAAGGAAAGCAGGUUUCCAACUAAACAUUCAAGUUGAACCAUUGGGGGAAUCAUGA